CCUUACGCCAGACACCAAAAUUAGCCCAUAUCUCUCACUCACAAACUAUCAACUAAACUAUAGUGCCUGAAAAAUAAAAAUUAUAAAAUGUCCCCUCUCCUUGCAGCCUUUCUCUUGCUCGUAUCCAUGGGCUUGACCUCUGCCUCUACCGUGCCACUCCGGCCUGGCUUUUACUCCGAGACGUGCCCGGAAGCUGAUUUCAUAGUCAAGGAUGUGAUGAGGAGGAACAUGAUUAGAGAACCAAGAAGUGCUGCCUCAGUCAUGCGUUUUCAAUUCCAUGAUUGUUUUGUUAAUGGUUGUGAUGCUUCUGUGCUGCUUGAUGACACACCAAACAUGCUAGGAGAGAAGCUUGCUCUGUCCAACAUAGAUUCUUUAAGGUCUUAUGAAGUUAUUGAUGAAGUUAAGGAAGAGUUAGAGAAGGUUUGUCCAGGGACGGUUUCUUGUGCAGAUAUAAUUAUCAUGGCCUCUAGAGCUGCUGUUGUCCUGAGUGGAGGACCAGAUUGGGACGUGAAGUUAGGGAGAGUAGACAGCUUAACAGCUAGCCAGGAGGACUCCAACAAUAUCAUGCCAAGUCCAAGAGCUAAUGCAAGCCUUCUCAUGGACCUCUUCGAAAGAUUCAACCUCUCUGUCAAGGAUAUGGUAGCCCUCUCAGGGUCACAUUCUAUUGGCCAAGCUCGGUGCUUCUCCAUAGUGUUCAGGCUCUAUAACCAAUCAGGCUCCGGCAGACCUGACCCAGCAAUUGAGACAAAGUACAGAGAGAAGCUAGACAAGCUUUGUCCACUUGGUGGAGAUGAAAAUGUAACUGGAGACCUUGAUGCAACACCAGCUACAUUUGAUAACAGAUAUUUCAAAGACUUGGUUGCUGGGAGAGGGUUUCUAAAUUCUGAUCAGACCCUUUACACAUUUCCUGAAACGAGGAAAUACGUAACCCUUUUUAGCAAAAAUCAACAGGCAUUUUUCAGGGCCUUUGUCGAGGGCAUGAUAAAGAUGGGCGACCUGCAGUCUGGGCGGCCUGGAGAGAUUAGAAGCAAUUGUAGGAUGGCCAACAGCCGGCCUGUUCGUGUACUCACGGAGUCUUAAGUGAGAGAUUAGGCUUAGAAUACAAAUAUAAUAAGAUUAAAUAUAAUUUAUAUAGUGCGAAAUGUGUCUUAUGGGAUAAUGUUAAAGUGUGGUGAUCAAAUUUGUAAGUGGGGUUGCUGAUUACUAUCAAUUUUAUCCUUAAUGCGGAUAUUGCCCUUUGUUGGAAUCCUUGAAAAUCAAAGGGAAAUUAACAAAUAUUCCUGGAA